ACCACCCUCGACCAUCCGUCUAGUUGUCGUAGGAGCAUGUCUGACGCAGUUCAGGACUCUGCUGCCCCGUCUCAAGCUGAAGCUACACCUGCUGAUGUGUCUACUGCCCCAGAAAAUACGAGCGAGGCAAAAGGAACAGAAGAUACAGACAUGACCGACGCGGUGCCCGCUGCUGCAAGUGAAGAUACAGGCAGGGACGCGACUCAGCUGCCUGAGACGCGUAUUACAGACGCGCCAGCAGAUAUAGCCAAGGAGCAUCCCACGAUACAAGCAUCUCCGGCCGUGGCAGCAGGUGAGGCUAUUGCGCCUGUGGCAACGACCGAUGUUCCCACUGCCAUUGCAGACCCAGCUGCAGCUGUCUCUGCUUCAUCUGAGGAAGCACCAAUACCAGAGGAUAAGCCUCAAGAGAGUCAGCCAUCCUCAGUGUCAGCUGUACCCAAGGCAGUCACAGCAGUGGCUGCAGCAACCGCAUCACAACCCAUGUCGCGUGCGACAUCCGUUGCGAAUUGUCACGACGCGAUUGCUGAGGAAGUGGGUAAAGCACCCGUCCGCGAGUACCUGCAGGAACGCGUUGCAGACUGGCUCUUGCAUGGUAUGAAGUGGCUUGCCGUCAACAAGCCCAGUCAACCACUGCUUGUGCUCGGUGAGUACCUUGAACUUGCCCAUUACUGGCGCAGUGCUAGCAGUGCACGCGAGACACAAACGCCGCAUGACUUUGAGGCAGUUUGGCUCAAGUUUAGAAUGUGGCAGACGGUGCCAGAAAACAAGGGCAAGCCUGCGGCAGCAUUCGAUGUAUCCAGGUGAAGUAUCCAUGCAUGAAUUGAAUGACAAUGAACAGGCGAGUCCUUUCAGCGUGACCUUCAGCAUACAAAGAUAGGGUCAAGACAACGAUGUAGAUUUUCAAAAAUGCAUGUGUAUUGCUAUGAAGAAAGAGGUCGUGACGAGCAGCUCGCUCAGUGAACACAUCUUAAGCAAUAAGAGUGGAUGCCGUAGCGGACUCGUACUUCCAGGUGGGAGGAAGGACAGAGACGCGACGGUAGUAACGUGCGAGACGGUGGAUACGCGACUCGAUGAGAAUAAGACGGAACUUGGAGUCCUUGUCCUUGCGGUUACGCUCGAGGUGCUUGCGGACCUGGACGGCC